AUGCCUGAGCGUGUGUGCGUGACCAGGCCUGUGCCCUACAUCGAGAACGACCCCCGGCUACAGCGUCUGGAGGCCGGUCACCUGAGGGGCCUGGGGGAGCUGAGGAGCCUCACCAUCGUGAAGAGUGGCCUCCGCUCCCUGGCGCCGGACGCCUUCCGCUUCACUCCGCGGCUCCGUCUCCUGAACCUGUCCUCCAAUGCCCUGGAGUCACUGUCCUGGAAAACCGUUCAGGGCCUCUCCUUGCAGGAACUGGUGCUGUCGGGGAACCGCCUGCGCUGCUCCUGUGCCCUGUACUGGCUGCGGCGCUGGGAGGAGGAGGGGCUGGGCCGCGUGUGGGAGCAGAAGCUGCAGUGUCUCCCGCUGGGGCCCCUGGUCAGCCUGUCCAACGCCAGCUGCGGGGUGCCCGUGCUGAGGGUCCAGAUGCCCAAUGCCUCCGUGGGCGUGGGGGACGACGUGCAGCUGCAGUGCCAGGUGGAGGGGCGGGGCCUGGAAGCCGGCUGGAUCCUCUCGGAGCUGGAGGAGACGGCCACAGUGACGGAAUCUGGGGAUCUACCAUCCCUGAGGCUGACCCUGGCCAAUGUCACCAGUGACCUCAACAGAAAGAACGUGACCUGCUGGGCGGAGAAUGACGUGGGUCGGGCGGAAGUCUCCGUCCAGGUCAACGUCUCCUUCCCGGCCAGCGUCCACCUGCACAAGGCGGUGGAGCUGCACCACUGGUGCAUCCCCUUCUCCGUGGACGGCCAGCCGGCGCCCUCCCUGCGCUGGCUGUUCAACGGCUCCGUGCUCAACGAGACCAGCUUCAUCUUCACCGAGUUCCUGGAGCCGGCGGCCAACGAGACCAUGCGGCACGGGUGUCUGCGCCUCAACCAGCCCACGCACGUCAACAACGGCAACUACACGCUGCUGGCCGCCAACCCCUCGGGCCGGGCCGCCGCCUCCAUCAUGGCCGCCUUCAUGGACAACCCUUUCGAGUUCAACCCCGAGGACCCCAUCCCCGUGUCCUUCUCUCCAGUGGACACCAACAGCACGUCUGGAGACCCGGUGGAGAAGAAGGAUGAAACACCUUUCGGGGUCUCGGUGGCCGUGGGCCUGGCCGUCUUCGCCUGCCUCUUCCUUUCCACACUGUUUCUUGUGCUCAACAAAUGUGGACGGAGGAACAAGUUUGGGGUCAACCGCCCCGCUGUGCUGGCUCCGGAGGAUGGACUGGCCAUGUCACUGCAUUUCAUGACGUUGGGUGGCAGCUCCCUGUCUCCCACUGAGGGCAAAGGCUCCGGGCUCCAAGGACACAUUAUCGAGAACCCACAAUAUUUCAGUGAUGCCUGUGUCCGUCACAUCAAGCGCCAGGACAUCGUGCUCAAGUGGGAGCUGGGCGAGGGCGCCUUCGGGAAGGUCUUCCUCGCCGAGUGCCACCACCUGCUGCCAGAGCAGGACAAGAUGCUGGUGGCCGUCAAGGCGCUGAAGGAGGCGUCUGAGAGCGCGCGGCAGGACUUCCAGCGCGAGGCCGAGCUGCUGACGGUGCUGCGGCACCGGCGUCUGUGCGUGGCGCACGGCGUCUGUGCGUGGCGCACGGCGUCUGUGGGAGGCCGCACCAUGCUGCCCAUCCGCUGGAUGCCGCCCGAGAGCAUCCUGUACCGCAAGUUCACCACCGAGAGCGACGUGUGGAGCUUCGGCGUGCUGCUCUGGGAGAUCUUCGCCUACGGCAAGCAGCCCUGGUACCAGCUCUCCAACGCCGAGGCGAUCGAGUGCAUCACACAGGGACGGGAGCUGGAGCGGCCGCGUGCCUGCCCCCCGGAGGUCUAUGCCAUCAUGCGGGGCUGCUGGCAGCGGGAGCCCCAGCAGCGGCACAGCAUCAAGGACGUGCAGGCCCGGCUGCAGGCCCUGGCCCAGGCGCCUCCUGUCUACCUGGACAUCCUGGGCUAGGGGCUGCCUGCAGCCACCCCACAGCUCCCGGGCGACCCCGAAGCCUCCGACUCGCCCUCAGCAUGCGGGCAGGGUCGAGUGGGGUCUGGGAGGGCGGCGUGCCCUCUGCCCCAGGGAGGGUUCCAUCGCAGCAAUUAUAUUUAUUAU